CCCGACAGGCCCCGCCCCCACGCCCGGCCCCGCCUUGCACUCCCCGGCUGUCGCGAGGUUUUGACUCUCGUGGCGCCCCACGGGCCGACGGGAGUGGCGGCCGCGCGGAGGAGGCCAAGAUGGCGGCAGCUGCGGCUUCGCUUCGCGGGGUAGUGUCGGGCCCGCGGGGCGCGGGGCUCCCCGGCGCGCGUGCCCGGGGUCUGCUGUGCAGCGCGCGGCCCGGGCAGCUCCCGCUACGGACACCUCAGGCAGUGGCCUUGUCGUCGAAGUCUGGCCUUUCCCGAGGCCGGAAAGUGAUGCUGUCAGCGCUGGGCAUGCUGGCGGCAGGGGGUGCGGGGCUGGCCGUGGCUCUGCAUUCGGCUGUGAGUGCCAGUGACCUGGAGCUGCACCCCCCCAGCUAUCCGUGGUCUCACCGUGGCCUCAUCUCUUCCUUGGACCACACCAGCAUCCGGAGGGGUUUCCAGGUAUAUAAGCAGGUGUGCGCUUCCUGCCACAGCAUGGACUUCGUGGCUUACCGCCACCUGGUGGGCGUGUGCUACACGGAGGACGAAGCUAAGGAGCUGGCUGCGGAGGUGGAGGUUCAAGACGGCCCCAAUGAAGAUGGGGAGAUGUUCAUGCGGCCAGGGAAGCUGUUCGACUAUUUCCCAAAACCAUACCCCAACAGUGAGGCUGCUCGAGCUGCCAACAACGGAGCAUUGCCUCCUGACCUCAGCUAUAUCGUGCGAGCUAGGCAUGGUGGUGAGGACUACAUCUUCUCCCUGCUCACGGGCUACUGCGAGCCACCCACCGGGGUGUCACUGCGGGAAGGCCUCCACUUCAACCCCUACUUUCCUGGCCAGGCCAUUGCCAUGGCCCCUCCCAUCUACACAGAUGUCCUGGAGUUUGACGAUGGCACCCCAGCUACCAUGUCCCAGAUAGCCAAGGAUGUGUGCACCUUCCUGCGCUGGGCAUCUGAGCCAGAGCACGACCAUCGAAAACGCAUGGGGCUCAAGAUGUUGAUGAUGAUGACUCUGCUGGUGCCCCUGGUAUACACCAUAAAGCGGCACAAGUGGUCAGUCCUGAAGAGUCGGAAGCUGGCAUAUCGGCCGCCCAAGUGACCCUGUCCAGUUCUGCCUGCCAUCCUGCCAGAACAGGCCAUCAGGCCCAAGAGCCAUCCCAGGCCUGUUCAGGCCUCAGCUGGCUAAGCCCCUCUUCAUCUGGAAAAAGAGGCAAGGGGGCAGGAGCAAGAGACCAGGCUCUAGCUCUGGGCCCUCCUUCAGCCCCCAUCAUGGGAAUAAAUUAAGUUUCUCAAUGUA